AUGUGCAUCAUGGCUUGCAACCGAUCCAAUGAGAUCCCGAAUCUCUCACUGGAUGAAGAAACCUACCUCAGCCAACAGCUGAGCCCGCAGUCUCGACCGGCCGACUUCUUCAACAGACCCUCUGACCCUACCGACCCUCUAGCUGCCAACUGGAGCUACGAUAGUACGAUCGACAUGUUUGCUCUCAACCCCACGGACAUGUCGCCCGUAUCAUUCGAUUUUGCCGACAACCUCACAAACCUUGACUCCAAGGACCUCUUUGCCGACCCAUUCACUGGUUCCUCAGGCAUCAGUGGCUUCUCCAUGCCCAUGGCAGAGGAUGCUGCCUCACUCUCAUCGGAGCUUGACAGCGACGAUCAGUCUUGGCAGUCUGUGGCUGCCCGCCAGUCUGUCGACUCAAAUGCUUUUGAGAUGCAGACCAGUGAGCCAACCAGCCUCGCCCAGACCCGACCAGAGAUCAAGACCCGAUCAUCAACAAGAUGGUCAUCAAGCCCAGUCUUCAAGCAAGAAGAUGUCUCCACUCCUCAACCUUCCAAGACCUCAACCUCCACAUCCCGCAAGACCCGCAGUUUCUCCCAAGAGUCCAACCGAUCAUCCGGUAGUCAGGACCCGCAGAUGCGGAAUGCCGCCAAGCGUGCCGCCCACAACAUCAUCGAGAAACGUUACCGCACCAACAUGAACGCCAAGUUCGUCUCCCUGGAGCAGGCCAUCUCACCAUCCCGUGUUCAAAAACACACCAAGGUUGGCGCAGGAUCACUCAAGAAAUCAGAGAUUCUCACCAACGCCCUAUCCUACAUCGAUGGCAUCCAACAAGAGAACCAAGCUCUGCACAAGGAGUUAGCGAUGCUAAAGCAGAACAUGGUACCGGGUGGCAUGUGGAGACCCAACAAACAUCCCCGGAUGUGA